CAGGUUCUCCAGCUACGACCCCGCAGGGCACCUUUCGACUCAUUCACAGUACCGUGUAACAACCUCACGCCUUCACAUUAUUAUUGUCAUCGCCAGUAGCCCUCUGACGCACGCAUAGCCACACAAUUAUUUUCUACCACCCACCCAUAUCGCCCUUCUCGCGCCAUCCAGCUGCGAAUAAUGGCGUUAUCCAGCACUUUUCGUAUCCUCCCUAGCGGCUUAUUAUCCACGAUCUCGGCGACCACAGCUAUACCUUUUACCACCGCAGUCAAUACCUCAGGCUCCUCCGAAACUAGCAACGCCGCCAUCGCCACAACCAGCAUCAUGCUGCAUAAACAUGGAAGAAGCUUCGUGUGGCCAACAAAUCCAUCACGUUUGCCAAACCCGAUCGAAGGCGUCGAACCGACGCGCACACAAGUCCUACUUCCACUCCCCGCCUCUUUUACCGAACGUAUACCUCCUAGCACAGCCUCUAUUAGCUGGUUAUCUCUACCCACAACCGCACAAUCUGUUCCGGCCAGAGUGGCGACGAUCACAUCUGGUGUGCCAGCACAAAAUCCAGACAACGUUACCGACCGCACCAGCGGCACAAAUCCAACGAGGAGGCCAAUGGACGAUGAUAAAUCCCCUGAUGUUGCGAAGGUUAUAUUCUCUUUCUUCGUGGUUUUGACGGUGGUUUUGCUUGGGUUAUUGGUACGACGAGAAUGGCUGUUUACGACGGGCAGGAGGAAACCUGUAGUGAGCCGACGACCGUUCGCUGCACUGAGGGGGGCUAGGAUUGCAAGAGGAGAGUAA